CGUCACAACCUCUCGGACCCAGGACUCAUAGCUCAUAUAACACACAAAAGCAGCAACUUAGUACCGAUUCAACAUGGCCGACGUCGAAAUGCGCGGAACCGAUGGAGAGAUUAAGAAGAAGGGUCGAGGUUUUGGCGAGACGGAUUACGAGUCCGUACCAACCGGAGGAGAUGCAAGCUCUAGCAAUGUCGCUGCACGAUCGGUCGAAGGAUGGAUCAUCGUCGUAACCAACGUGCACGAAGAGGCCUCUGAAGAGGACGUCACCGACCUAUUCGCGGAUUACGGAAAAGUCAUGAACAUCCAUCUGAACUUGGACCGACGGACUGGUUAUGUCAAGGGGUACGCACUGAUAGAGUACGGACAGCGGGAAGAGGCGGAGAAGGCCAUCGCGGCGAUGAACGGACAGGAGAUGCUCGGUCAGGAGAUUCACUGCGACUUUGCUUUCAACCGACCUCCUGCCGGGUACAACGCCAGGGAGGCCGGACGAGGGCUCCAAGGGAGGAACCAGGGUGGCGGAGCCGGAUCGAGGAGGAGGAGUGUUAGCCCGCAAGGACGAGUCUGAUUCUGGGGGCUCAUAGUGGGUGGAUCGGGGCGACGUUGUGGUACCACAUCAAAAGGAUUCAUUUCGGUUGGGGACUUGUAAUCAAUUACGAGAGAUCAUUGCAGAUUGUCCGGUUAUAAGAUACCGGUUUAUGCGUUUUG